AUGGCCGUCUUCGCCGUUUCAUCACGUUUCGCAGUCGUCCCGCCCCCCUUCACGCCCGCGGACUUUGCCCAGCGCGCCGAGACCUUUGGCAAAAGCACGAAGCUGAGUAUCGAUGAGAUCAAGGCUUCUUUCUUACUGUGUGUGCACGCCAUGUCCAACCCCCUUGACUGGAAUGCCAUUGCCGAGGUGGGCCGGGUCAUGCGGAUGGCGGACCUCUACGACACGCUGCGCCCUAGGGAAUUCGAAUUUGACGGCACCGGGGGAGAUGGGCAGGAUGGCGAUGCGUCUGACUGCGAUGCAGAGGAGUGGAAGAGCGUCUGGUGGUCGAUUUACUCAUUGGAUACAUGCUGCACUACUCUGGCAGUCACUUCACCCGCAAGCGCAGCUCAGUCGCCACCAGGCAGAAUCGAGCUGCCCUCCCUCUCCGUCUCCGACUUCACAGAAUCGCUUCGAGCCAGCACCGAGGCCAUUACGGGCGGGCUCCAUCCCCUUCCCUCCACAUCGUGCAUCAAAAAUUGGGAAAUUAUGAGUGACACCUUCACGCGGUACUCCUGCUGCAACCGAAACUUCUACUUUGGUGCAUGCCACGUGAUGCGAGCAGCUACCGAGUUGCGCUCGCGCAUCCGGCUCGAACGCAAUGAGCGUGUCCUGCAGAAUCUGCUACAGGACUUCGAGAGCGAGUGUGCAGCUGCUGUGCUUGCGCUGCCAUCGUGGGUGUCCAAUCCUGUGCGCAACUUUGCUGCUGGCGAAGCGGAGAAGGAGCAUCGAAGUCGGCUAGACACGCUGCUUUUGUUUCGUUGCGCUUCCAUGCUGGUGACUGUUGUUAAUGCGCAGGUGAGCGUACGCGCCUCGUCACUGCCGGAUAGCACCGGUGUGGCUCAAACGCAUUGGCAGCGCGUCAUGUCCAAGGCAGGCGAAGUGGUUCAGGUGGUGCAGAACUGGAGGCCGGAAUACUUCGACUGCGUCGACCCCAUGUGCUCGUAUAUCGUAUACCUCACUGCCGGUACUCUCGUCAUAGAUUGUCGAAUACAGCGCUCGGGCGGGGUGGAGUCCGUCCAGUCACACUCCUCGGGGCACUUGGAUCUUUUGACAUUGUUCCUGGAUCGGGUUGGACGAUACUGGGAGGUAGGACGCUUUCUCGGGGAUUCUCUCCGUGACCUAAAGAAGAGUAGCUUAAUUCCGACGACGUAUGAGGCAGCUAUCGAGCUCAUGUCACAAUUUCUACACCCGAUGGGUACUCAAGCUCUGAGCGGUAGUAGAAGGGCAGACCAUAAUACUCAUCAGUCGUUCGUUGAUAAUAUCACCCUAGAUAAUUUCGAACUCGAGGCACUGGUGGGGAAUACGGAGCUUGACAGCGAUUUCCUCGGAGCUCUGGCUCCCGAUGGCGAUUUUGUGUCCGAGUGGCGGGAAGAUAUCAUGCUUUAA